GUUCUUCUUUUACCUACACGUCUACUUUAUCAUGUUAAGUUCCUCAUGAAUUGAGAUUGAAAGACGCAAAAUAUUUAUAUACAUAAAUUUCGUUUAAACGUUCGUAACGACAUAAAGGAUUUUAUGAAAUAUCAUUUGAACAUAUGAAAACGUCAAAUUUGAAUAAAAUUUGGUUGUAAUUCUGAUAGUAUUUGCAAUGAUCAUACAUCUAAAAAAAUUUAUUUUGCCAUUCCGCAAACUGAAUAAAUUUGGGAAGAUACAAAAGCAAUUUAUUAGAUGUAAUUCUUCAGAAUUUUCACCCAGAAUUUUAGAACAAUUAAAAAAUAAAAGUUUAUUGCGGAUCAGAGGAAAUGAAGCUUCAGUUUUCUUACAAGGAUUGAUUACAAAUGAUAUGAAGCAUUUCGAAGAAGGGGCAGCAAAUAUAUAUGCAUUAUUUUUAAAUAUUAAGGGUAGAGUAAUGUAUGAUGUUAUUAUCUAUAAAAGUCAAGAAAAUAAUGUAUAUUAUGUUGAAUGUGAUUCACAAGCUGCAGAACCAUUACAAAAACAUUUAAAAAUAUAUCGUGUUAGAAGAAAAAUAGAUAUAGAUCAUUUAGGAGAUAAAAUAAAUGUUUGGGCAUACUUUGAUCCUACUCAGUAUAUGAAUAAUAAGCAUAAUGAUAAUAAUAAACAAAAACUUGAAGGUUUGAUAUUUCCAUGUGGUACUCUUAAUAAUAAAGUAAGCAAAAUAGUUAAGAAUAUUAUGAUAUACGAAGAUCCUAGACUUUCUGAUUUGGGCAUUAGAAUUUUAGCAGCAUCUACAAUUGAGAGACAAGAGAUAAUAAAGCACUUGAAUUCAGAUGUAGUAGAUUCUACUAAUAACUUGAAUUACAAAGCAUUUCGGUAUAAACUUGGUGUACCAGAAGGUAUUGAAGAUUUACCACCAGGAAAAGCUUUGCCACUAGAAGUAAAUUGUGAUUAUUUGCACGGUGUUAGUUUUCAUAAGGGUUGUUACAUUGGUCAGGAACUUACAGCUCGUACUUACCAUACUGGUGUUGUAAGAAAACGAUUAAUGCCUCUAUUAUUUAAUGAAAUUCCUAAUAAAUCUUUUUUAUAUGAUGAUAAAAUUGUUAAUGAAUCUGGUAAUGCAGUAGGUAAAUUUAGGGGAAUUGAAAGUCAAUAUGGAUUGGGUUUAAUGCGAAUUAUUGAAUCUCUGAAUGCUCAAUCUCUUACUAUAUCAAAUAUUAGAUUAAAAGUAUUAAAGCCUAUGUGGUGGCCUCAAGAAUCGCAAAAAGUUUCAGUUAAUAAAAAGAAAUAAAUGUUUUUAAUUUAUUACUCUUUAAUGUUUGUAUAUAUGUAUAUAUAUAUAAAAUUGUAAUCUAUAAUUAUAAAAUAAAUAUGUUG